AUGAGUUUGAACGGUGGUAUUGCGUCUAAAGCGUGGAUCAGACUAUUUUCACAAAGCGCAGUAACUAAUGGUGCCAAAUUGGUAGCACCAUCUGUGGUGAGUAGCACCAAUCUAGAGCCUGUACAACUCAACCAUUCGCCUGAAAGUGCGUUGAAAAGAAGAAGAUUACCAUUACGUUGUGGUGCACUAAGCAAAAAAGUAGGGAUGAUGCCAUAUUUCGAUAAAGAAAGUGGUAAGAGGAUAGCAGCUACCGUGCUUCAAUUGGAUAAUAAUGAGGUUAUCUUGCACAGGACUGCACAAGAAAACAAUUACUGGGCAUGCCAAGUUGGUUUUGGUAACAAGUUGCCCCAUAAGGUGUCUAGACAAUUGUUGGGACACUUUGCGGCGCAUGUUGUGAAUCCAAAGGAAAAAGUUGUUGAGUUUAGAGUUAAGGAUGAGUCUGGCCUGCUCCCAGUGGGUACUUUGAUUAAGCCAUCAUGGUUUAAGCCAGGCCAAUAUGUGGAUUUGAAGUCGACUAGUAAAGGUAAAGGUUUCCAAGGUGUGAUGAAACGUUAUGGUUUCAAAGGUUUGAAAGCAUCCCAUGGUGUUUCUGUAUCGCAUAGAUCUGGUGGUUCUUACGGUCAGAACCAAACACCAGGGCGUGUCUUACCGGGCAAGAAGAUGCCUGGUCAUAUGGGUGUCGACACAGUUACAAUCCAAAACGCCCAAGUCUUGGAAGUUAACGAUGAAACCGGUACUGUUCUAGUGAAAGGUUCUGUUGCCGGACCUAAAGGCGCUUUUGUUAGAAUUCAAGAUGCUAUCAAGAAGCCUGCUCCAGUAUGA